AUGGCACCGAAAAUACCACUGACUGGUCGCUAUGCGCGAUACAAAGCAGGGACCAAGAAAGUCAUGUCAUGGCUUGUCACCACUGCCAAUCACUGCUGCGACAUCACGAACAUCAUAACCUCGCUGCGGACCACGAAAGAUCAGAACAAAGCCACAGCCACAGCCAGAGCCACGGUCGAUCUCAAGACAGCAGAACUUGUCAAGCUGGCCGAAGCCAUCGCCGGAGCCGAUCCUCGAGUGCCAAUCCCUGCCGACAUCCUCCUGACCUGUAGAGAUGUCAUCGAAGGUAGACAGAGAAGUGCGGACCACCACGUGGCAUACGCCUCAUACAAAGGCAUUGCGCUCACCGAAGAAGACAAGAAUCACCAACACUUCAUCGACGCGCUGCAACGAAUCUUCCAGGUACUCGAGUCGGCACGAGCACCAGACGAUCCCGCGGAGGAACACUUUUGCCCACAAAAGGUCGCCAAGCGUGGCAAGAAGACUAGGAAGACUACAAGCACCACGAAAGCGCCGCUACAAGCCAAUCCGUUCGAGACACUCACCGUCGAGGAGCCAACGCUUAUCGAGGACUGUACUGGCAGUGCUGAACCACCGACAAAAGUCUCCCUCGAUCUUGGCAAAGCCGAAUUCAGGCUCGAGAAGGAGGUGGAGGAUCGCGCCUUCGCUUUGUUGUGCCAUCUCCAAGACCUGGACGACGUACGCCUUUACGUGCGCGACUCCUGGAUCCAGUACAGCAUGGGCGACAUCUCCUUCGCGCUAGCGAGCAUGACUACGGAGGUUGCUUUUGGACUCCUGAGAUGUGCUGAUGAAGAGUUCGCAGCAAUGUGUCCUGAACUUGACGAUUACGACAAAAUUCUGCAGUUUCUGCACUUGGAGAUCGUUGCCUUUGACAAUGUCCCCGUGGCGUAUGUUGUCAAUACUGAAGCAAGGGAAGUCGGUCGUGAUGCUGCAUCUUACUUGAACAUUGCGGGGCUGCUCUUCCCCUUGGGCGCCACGAUCUUGACCAUCCAUGGCGACAAUGCCACGCGGUUUGUCCGCAACGAAGCUGCCGCAAAGAAGGGGAGACCGCAGGAGUUGGAGCUCGCAUGCGCCAAGAUUUGGGCAGGUGCUGACGGCUUUAUCGAUGUCAUCGUGCGAAGUACGUUACGUCUUCUCAUGGCCCAAAACGCUCAGCAAGACAGGAUGGACGACUUUGUUCGGGGGCUCAAGGAGAUGCCGCAGUCUGGAAUCCGCCGCUUGUGGCUCGCUGUUGCUUGUGAGAUAUACGUCGACAUCUUCGCCAUUCUAGGCGAUCACGCGCUGAUCGGGACACAGUCGCUAAAGGAUACGAUACAGUCGCAGCUCGACAUCUGUGACUUGAUACUCCGCCGCCAUAGUGAUGAUAUCCAGAGACGCGUGGGUGUUAUGGACGAACGUGCCGUUCAGUGGACGGAUUGCAUAAAGCAUCAGGCCCCGCGGGCACUGAGAGAACUUGACCUCAUCACCAAGGACAUGGACCGCCACGUUCAUGGUGCGGCAUUCGAGGCAGACCUCCAAAGGUGGACACGCGGUCGAAGCCUUUAUCUCAACGGCCUCGAAAGUCGGUUCCCUGUUCAGGCUGGUGGUUGUGCUUUCUUGCUCAAGCUGCAGCUGGCAGAUGCUGAGACGUACAUCGUCAACCACGGCCUGUUCAUCCAUUCCAUGGCGUACCUAUACAAGGCUGCACGGCACUUCGGUCUAUUACACCACGAAUGGCACGACGUGGAUUUCGUCAUCCGCUCGCAGGCACCAAGUGGCGGCACUCACGGUCCUCUGGUGCCCAAAUUUCGUGCAGGCUGUAAAGUCAGUGCGUACGCGAUGGAGUUUGCGAAAGCAUGCGGCAUGGAGUCAACGGCCGAAAUGUAUCGCAAGCAUGGCAAGCCUAGUUUCAAUCUGUGGGAGGAGGGAAAGCAGAUCUUCCUCUGCGGUGAGUUUCUGGAGGCUUUCAUACGCAGUAUCGAUCCCAAAGAGAAGAACCAGCCUUUCGGCCGAGGGAAUCAUAGCAAGAUGAUCGAAGUCAUGCUGCACAAACUCACCUCAGAGCAUGCGGCUCGGCAGGGGCAACGCACCUCAGCACAGCCAUCAUCACAACGGGAGAUGUUCAACCCUCUCGAACUCCUUACAACAUUCGAAAAGUCCUUCAAACAGGACGAGCCUCUUCUAAACUUCCCAUAUGUCAGGUUCUGGUCGACAUGUGCGGAGCUACUGCGAGCUUGUUGGGAUGCGAUCAGAGACGAAAUGCCAACUCAAUUCCAGAGUCUCAGCAUCCACAAUGGCUACCUCCACGCCGUAAUGGUCUGGUUCAUGCUCGCUCAACUCGGGAAAUUCGACGACAACCCCAGAACCUCUUACAUCAAGAGCACUGCAGACAGCAUGCUCGCGAAAGCCGCCAAAGCCAUCGAACCCUACAUCAUCUCGCACGGUAAAGACUUCAGCGAAGCCGCCUACGAUAGAUCCAGCGGCCGGAUACCCAAACAUCUCCGUCCCGGGUGUUCCACAAACUACCUCGAAAAGCUCGCCACCAAGCGAGACCAAGCGACGACCCUCGAACGCGCCGGUACAAGCGUCGCAUUCUCCGGCACUCUCACAUCUCUCUACCACCCUCACUUGACCGCCCUCGACAUCACAGCCGCAGUCAAAGCCUCCCCAGAAGAUAUCGGCGAGUACGCCGUCCCCUUGCCCGAGUACAUGAAGCACGGCGGGAACUCCGUCUCUCUGGGAGAUUUCAUAGCGCCUGCGAAAGUCUGGAUACCGGAGUAUGACGAUGAGGCUGAGCUACGACGUCGGCUAAAGGAGGUGGAGGAGUAUGUGAGGCAGUGUGAAGACAAUGGGGAGGAAGAGAAGAUUAGUCAGGAGAUGUGGACGAGGCUUGAGGAUAUGCAGAAGGUUGUGGCGAAGGUGGAACGUGGUGGGACUGUGGGUGCGGAGACGUUUGAUGCUAGGACGAAGGAGUAUGUUGAUACUUAUUGUCCGAUGAUGUGA